AUGGAGCGUCUGGUGGCGCGUCCAACUAGCGCGUCUGGUGGUGCGUCUGGUAUCGCGUCCACUAGCGUGUUUGGUGGCGUGUCUGGUGGCGCAUCUGGUGCCGCAUCCACUGGUGCGUCUGGAGGUGCGUCUGGUGGCGCGUCCACUAGCGUGUUUGGUGGCGUGUCUGGUGGUGCGUCUGGUGGCGCGUCUGGUGGCGCGUCCACUGGUGCGUCUGGUUCCGCGUCCACUGCUGCGUCUGGUGGCACGUCCGCUGGCGCGUCUGGUGGUGCGUCUGGUUGUGCGUCCACUAGCGUGUUUGGUGGCAUGCCUGGUGGCGGGUCAGGUGCCGCAUCCACUGGUGCGUCUGGUGCCGCAUCUACUGGUGCGUCUGGUGCCGCGUCCACUGCAUUGUACCUCCCAUUCGUUACACCACCGGCCUUCAAGUACCACCAUGGAGAUAUCAACAGAUAUUCCAGUCCAGCCUCAAGUAAGUACUCUAGCAAGUUGUCCAUACAAUAA